UAGAAAUAUUCAGUUUCUCCCAAAGUGCCGGCCACUAAAAAAAAGGAGCAUCGGAGAAGAAGAAAAACGUUCGCUGAGGUGUGACCUGAGAUCACAAAACAAACAAUCUCUACUCGACCAUUCAUCACACCAUGUGGAGAAGAAUCGUAUCCUCUCAUCUCAAAGCCCUAGUCGCCGAUGUCGCCGCUGCUUCUCCUCGUCGUUCAAUAGCCACCACCACCGCGAGACCCGUUCACUUCCAUCGCGCUGACAGUCCCGCUUCUUCUUCUUCUUCCGUCGCCCCUCGCUGUUUCAGCUCCGAAUCAGUAGAGACAAUAGCGAAGAAGAAGGUGGAGGAUGUUAUGCCCAUUGCAACUGGGCACGAGAAGGAGGAGCUUGAAGCUGAACUUGAGGGGAGGAGGCUGCUUGACAUUGACUUCCCCGAAGGUCCUUUUGGAACUAAGGAAGCUCCUGCUAUAGUAAAUUCCUACUAUGACAAGCGUAUUGUGGGAUGCCCUGGUGGUGAGGGCGAGGAUGAACACGACGUUGUGUGGUUCUGGCUGGAGAAAGGAAAGUCUUUUGAAUGCCCGGUUUGCACUCAGUACUUUGAGCUAGAAGUGGUUGGUCCAGGUGGACCUCCUGAUGGUCACGGUGAUGAAGACGAUGAGCAUCACCACUACUGAUUCCAGCUUCUCAAUUAGCCGCAAGUUUUACAUUUUGUUAUCAUAUAUUUUUUUACAGUUAUUUAUCGAAAUAAAAAAAAAUCCAAACGUUGGUGAAACAUAGUUGAAAAAUGUUUUUGAUC